CUGGGCGGCUAGUAGCUUGCAGUUGUUGUUAACAGUGUGUUACAGCUGUGAAUGUAAGUGUAUAAACCAGGCAGAAGUCCACACUGUUCUCAUUUGUGACGCGACAGACUCUGAGAUACACACGUCAGUGACGUCAUCGACCUGUGUGUCUUCAGUCAUCGAAUAGCAGCAGCAUCAGCAGCAGCUAGCCUAGCCGGGCACCCGCACAUGCCAGUGAAUGUGUACGUGUGCUCAGCCCGCUAGCUUAGCAGCGAUAUAAAAGGAAAACAAAAAAACACAGGAGGAGGAGGAAUGAACCACAAGAGUAAGAAGAGGAUCAAAGAGGCGAAGCGGAGCGCCAGACCCGAACUCAAGGACUCGCUAGACUGGAUCAAACACGGCUACUGCGAGUCCUUCGACCUGUCCCACCGCACCGUCAAGGACAACGUCGAGCGCGUGGACGUCCUCCAUCUCAGCCCUGAAGAGUUCAUCCAGCGCUUCGAGCGGCCGUACAAGCCCGUCGUCCUGUUGAGCUGCCAGGAGAGUUGGCCGGCCCGAGAGAAGUGGACUCUAGAGCGCCUCAAACGCAAAUACCGCAACCAGAAGUUCAAGUGCGGCGAGGACAAUGACGGCUACUCGGUGAAGAUGAAGAUGAAGUACUACGCGGAGUACCUGGAGAGCACCAGGGACGACAGCCCGCUCUACAUUUUCGACAGCAGCUAUGGUGAACAUCCCAAACGGCGGAAGUUGCUGGAGGAUUACCAGGUCCCGCUCUUCUUCAGGGACGACCUCUUCCAGUUUGCAGGCGAGAAGCGCAGACCGCCAUACAGGUGGUUUGUGAUGGGCCCGGCUCGCUCUGGCACAGGCAUCCACAUCGACCCGCUGGGCACCAGCGCCUGGAACGCCCUGGUUCAGGGUCACAAGAGGUGGUGCCUGUUCCCCACCAACACGCCCAGAGAGCUGAUCAAAGUGACCCGAGAGGACGGCGGCAACCAGCAGGACGAGGCCAUCACAUGGUUCACCGUGGUCUAUCCCCGGACGCAGCAGCCCACCUGGCCUCCAGAGUUCACGCCCCUGGAGAUCCUGCAGAAACCCGGAGAGACCGUCUUUGUGCCUGGUGGAUGGUGGCACGUCGUCCUUAACCUGGACGCAACCAUCGCCAUCACCCAGAACUUUGCCAGCUCCACCAACUUCCCCAUCGUGUGGCACAAAACUGUCCGAGGACGACCCAAGCUCUCCAGGAAGUGGUAUCGAAUCCUGAAGCAGGAGAGACCAGACAUGGCUGCUCUGGCCGACAAAGUGGACCUGCAGGAGGCGACGGGCAUCGCGUCUGACAGCUCCAGUGACUCUUCAUCAUCGUCCUCCUCCAGCUCAUCCGACUCUGACGCGGAGUCUGGCUCUGAGGGCGACGCCAUGUCUCACCGCAGGAAGAAGAGACGCACCUGUGGGACAGCGGCCAACGGGGACACCAGCAGCCAGGACGACUGCAUCAGCAAGGAGAGGAGCUCAUCACGGUGACCUCCAGCCUCCGUCCACACAAACCUCCAGUGGUGUCUUUUUGUAAAUGUCUGAAUCUCUGAGUGACGGCCGUCUGUAGAGGCAAGAUGGCUGCCACAGAUCUGUGAGGGGUGCGUGGAGGAGG